AUGGCUUCUGAAACUAAACACUGGGCCUGUGUAGUCUUGCUGACCAUCGCCAACCUCCUCGUGCCAGCGUCGAUAGUAGCCUUUGGCAUUGGCUUUUUCCCGCACAAACCGUUCCUCCCCGGGCUCGCUGAACACGAUGAUGCAACGUUUGGAGACCCUCCUCCGGCGCCCUUUGAUAAAGUUGUCUUUAUGGUUGUCGAUGCAUUAAGGAGCGACUUUGUCUUCUCGAACUCAUCCGGAUUCAAAUUUACCCAGAGCCUCAUUCGAGAUGGCACUGCCAUGCCCUUUACAGCGCACGCACGGUCACCUACUGUUACAAUGCCGAGGCUCAAAGCUAUCACAACCGGAUCCAUCCCGUCCUUUGUCGACCUCAUCCUCAACUUUGACGAGGGAGACACGUCUUCUACCCUGGCCGCUCAGGAUACCUGGCUCGCUCAGAUGAGGUCAGCUGAAAAAGGCAAAUUACUGAUGUUUGGCGAUGAUACCUGGCUGAAACUAUUUCCAAAAACCUUUGACCGUCAUGACGGCACCUCGAGUUUCUUUGUUUCAGACUUCACCGAAGUCGACAACAAUGUGACGAGAAACGUUGCGCCAGAACUUGAAAAUCAGGACUGGGGGCUCAUGGUCCUGCACUACUUGGGCCUUGACCACAUCGGCCACAAAUCUGGGCCCCGAAGUGGCAACAUGGUUCCAAAACAGCGGGAGAUGGAUGGUAUUGUCCGUAUGAUCUACCACGCCAUAGAGACCAAGGACCAUUUGAAAUCAACGCUAUUCGUGCUUUGUGGAGACCAUGGCAUGAAUGAUGCUGGAAACCACGGGGCGUCCUCACCUGGCGAGACGUCGCCCGCUCUGCUGUUCAUGUCGCCAAAGUUGAAAGGCAUGCUUCCAAAGCUGGAGGCGCCGGCGGAACCGGAUAACGAGUUCCACUACUACCGGAUGGUCGAGCAGUCCGAUAUCACGCCCACCAUGGCCGCCAUGCUUGGAUUCCCCGUGUCGAAAAAUAACCUGGGCGCGUUUCUCACCGACUUCCUCCCGCUGUGGCCCGUACCCAGGCAUCAGACACAGAUUCUCGUGCAAAACGCUAGACAGAUUCUCCGCGUAAUCGCCGCCGCAUUUGGUGGGGAACUGUUUGCGCCGAAUAAUGAAAGCAACGCAUGUACGCUGGAGGCUACCCUGCUCAACACUCUGGCUUGUCAGUGGCAACAGCUUCGCGAAAAGGCUGAUGUCUUGCUCGGGUCAUCCGAUUCUGACCAGGACUGGAUUGACAGCAUGUCGUCGUGGCUUCGACAGGCCCAGGAACUAAUGAGCAGCAUGGCAUCCAACUAUGACCUUUCAAAACUGGCACUGGGCCAGAUUAUUGCCACCGCGGCGGUCAUAUGCAGCGUUGCGGGACUGCUCCAGAUCAAUCAGCACAGGCGUCGCAACAUCUUACCACUGUCGCUCAUCUCCAUCUCUUACGGAGCGAUGAUGUUUGCCAGCAGCUAUGUCGAAGAAGAGCAGCAUUUUUGGUAUUGGUCCUCCACCUUUUGGAUCGCACAUCUUGGUCUCAAAGCCAUGCGUAGGGCGAGAAGGAAAGCGAGCGGAGUGAGAUACUUGGCUGCGCUGUGCAUUAUCCGACUUGUCAGGAGCUGGAACCAGACGGGCCAAAAAUUCGCAGCGGAGCCAGACAUUGUCCAGCUGUUCAUCACGCCUCAUCCGCAAGUUUUGUGGUGCUUGAUUAUUCUGUCAUAUGUCCUAAUUUCGCUACGACUCCUGGCAAGCUUUCAACGAAUCCCUCCCAUUGUCGCCACGUCAAUCACUUCUAUUAUUGCUUCCUCCGCCCUUGCCUUCAAGUUGGCCUUUACUGCUCAAGACGCCCCAGAGCUUGUGGUCGGGUUGGCAAAGAAUAUUAACGAUGUACUACACGGCCAGUCCCUGCUAUCCAGAGCCCGUGUCGUCUUCAUUGGUCUCUCCGCGGUAGGCUGCUUGGCAGUCCACCAAGCUCGGAGCGGAGGGACCAAGGCUUUAUCAUCUGCUAAAAUGACACUUCACGCCUACAGCAUCUUGGCAAUGACACAAUCUCGGGCCACAAACGUCCCCCUCGUACUACUCUCGACCAUGCUCUUCCACUGUCUAGAUCCUGCUAAACUCACAGUCAUGGAAAUCAGCACCACGUCCUUGCUGCUCCAGUACACCUCAUUCUUCGCCUUUGGAGGCUCCAACGCCAUCUCCUCGGUCGACCUGUCAAACGCCUACAACGGCAUCGGCGGCUUCAACAUUGUAGCGGUCGGCAUCCUCACCUUCAUCAGCAACUGGGCAGGGCCAAUCUUCUGGGUCUUUGCUACCAAUGUGCUCCUUCUGCAGAAGCACAGGCAGGGCCAGCCAGACGCUCUUCCCCGACACUUGUCUUGCUUGACACUCUUUUCGGCGACGAGCGUGGCUUUCGUCAUGGCUGCGUGUACCGCCUUGAGAGCCCAUCUUUUCAUCUGGACUGUAUUUUCCCCAAAGUAUCUGUACUGCAUGGCAUGGAGUCUGGCGCAGCAUCUGGCUGUGAACAUUGUCUUGGGAAGCCUCCUGUUUCGUCUGGCGGCGGACUGA